UGAUCUGGGUACACCCACCCCACCCACACAAACUUGCGCCUCCUUCCAGCAACACUGGGGCUCUUCCACUCCAAACUCACGGCGGCCACGAAGUUCAACGCAACACCGAUCAUCAGCUUUGCUUAUCUCAGCCUCGCUAUUGUCACCGACAAGGCCAGCCGGUCAGGACUGUGGAGGUAACCGUGGGCUGUCAACAUAAAUUGUUAGGUUCUUUUUUUGCUCGUUUGGGUUGCAGUGUGCGUACAGCCAGCCACAGGGGGGUCAGGCAGCCCAGAUAGGACAUCAGCAUUUUUUUGGUACACACUCGGCGUGACCCGAGUAUAAAUGAGUAUAUUGUUUUUCAGAGGAACUUUUCUUAGACGAAGAUCUUCUUGCAUGUCAUAUUAUAUAUACGUGGAGUUUAUACGGUAAAUCCAAUUCGAUUAGUAUAACCGAUUCAUAUACUUCACGAAAUACUUUAGGCAGUAUAUGCUGGAGUUAAGUCAUGCUUUUGCUUUACAUUACUGUGUGUCUGUAUUAUACAAGGGCUUUCGAGUGAAUUAAGUAUAUAGUUUUUCAGCAUAUGUCCAAUAGAGUUUGUCCUGGAACAAUACAUAAUUAUAUAGUUGGAAGAUUUUAGAGGUUAUUACACUGUCCACGUCGUAGUAUAACGUGCAUUGUAUGGCAUAUACCCGUAUGGCAUGAGCACUAAAAAUAUUUAAUAUAAUUUAGUACUGUGGUGCAUUGUAGGUUUUGCUGUGAAAGUCCAUCUCACUGAAAGAUACAAAUACAAUUAACAGUUUUUUUACGAGAAUAUUGUAGUGAUUUAGGUAAAUACAAAUUGUUUUGUUUCGUUAAGUAGCCUUUAUUUGAAAUGUAAAACGUUGAUAUCGCAAUUGUAAUACUGUAUUUAAUUGAGGCAUAUUACUUUCGAAAAGGUGUGUAGUAAGGAAACGCAUACUCAUAAAUUCACUGCAGUGUUUGAAUAUUGGUUAAAUAUAGAAUAGAUGUAGACACUCAUGUGGUUGAGAAUUUUGAUCAGGUAUUUUAGAUUUUGAGACACUCCAAUUUCUGACAAUUUCAGUCAGAUAUCCUAGACGUAGAGAGGCACACUCGAGUGCGUGAACUUUUUUGGUGAGAUAUUCCAGAUCUUGGGACACUCCAACGCCGAGACAUUGGCCAGAUAUUCCAGGUGUGUAGAUACUCCAAUGCCGAGACAUUGGCCAGAUAUUCCAGGUGUGUAGACACUCCAGCAACCGAGCACCUUGUUCAGAUCACUUAGAUGUCCGGUGGUUGAGGAGCACAUGACAACGAGUGACACCUUAGCCAUGGCACGUCUCUCCGCUCAUCCCACUUCAUCGCCAUCGCCGCUGCUCCAGCUGCUCCUCGCCUCUCUGCUCCUCGCCUCUCUGCCACUGCUGCUGCUGCUGCCGGCUCUCGUGCGGUCCCAGUACGAGAACUACAACUUCUUGAACUUCCCGGGCGCCGAGCUGGGCUCGCUGGACGCGGCGUACGCCCUGGCCCUGCGGCAGUACGAGGCGGAGCAGUGGGGCGCCUGCCUGAGUUCCCUGGAGCGCGCCCUGCGCCUCCAUCGCUUCAUGCGCGACAGCCUCGCCUUCUGCCGCCGCAACUGCAGCCGCGCCACGCAGGGCCCCCAGUCCCUGCCCCUGGAGCUGGGACUGGGCGGUCGGGCCGGCUCCCCCCAGGGUGGUGCCGUCGAGGGGGAGAUGAGGGCGCUGGGCGUCGUGUUCCGCAGGGCGCAGUGUCUCAAGCGCUGCCGGGAGAUGCUGCCCGCCUUCCGUGCGGCGCAGCCGUCGCCGCAGAUGCUGGCCGACUUUGACCGCAGGGCGCCCUACCAGUACCUGCAGAUUGCGUACUACAAGACGGACAACCUCCCAGCAGCCAUGGCGGCGGCAUACACCUUCCUGCAGCGGAACCCCGAGGACGAGAUGGCACAGAAGAACCUGCACUUCUUCUGGACACAGCCCGGCGCGAGCGAGAAGCACCUGCGAGACCUGGAAGCCGAUCCCUUCCAGACGCUGUACCGCGAGGCAGUGCGCACGUAUGGCACGGGCGAUCACCGGGCGUGCGUGGAGAAGAUGGAGGGCGCCCUCGCCGGCUUCCUCCACGCCUUCCACGACUGCGCGAGCGCGUGCGAGGGCGGCCGCGAGGUCACCACCUUCCAGGACUUCUACGCCUCCAUGGCAGAGCACUACUCGCAGGCCCUCGCGUGUAAAGUGAGCUGCGAGGCACGCCUGGUGCCUUUGUCCGGUGGAGAGCCGCAGGCCAAGUUCGUGGCCACCAUGUACCACUACCUCCAGUUCUGCUACUACAAGUUGGGUGAGUUCAAGCAGGCCGUGCGCGCUCUCGAGAGCUACUCCCUGUUCGACCCGGAGGACGAGGUGAUCAAGCAGAACCUCGUCUACCACAAGGUGAACAAGGACGCGGAGGGGCUCACGAGCGCCGACUUCGAGCCGAGACCGGAAGCGCUGGAGUACCGUGACCUGAGCGUGCGGCUCUGGGAGAUGUACAACUUCUCCGUCGAGUUUCUGGCCCCGGACGACGAGAUGGAGCUGGACGGCGACGUGACGUACGAGCCGGAGCUGGACACGUCGGACGUGGAGUUCGAGGGCGAGGGCGACUACGAGGAAUCCAUCUACUCGGACUGGUGGCAGGAGCCGCAGCACAAGGGCGACGUGGGCGUGCCCAGCAGCUGAUCGAUCGCUCGUCACUGUGCACAGCACGCGGCACGCGACCGAAUACACGGUCACUUUUUUUUUACCAAACUGCCCGAAUACCUCCCCCCUCCCCCCCCCCCCCCCCCCCAUGAAUGUAUGAAUGAGCCUGUGGCGCAGGGCUCAAUUUCAGCGGGGUCUGUCUGGGUCAGAAAUUAUUUUCCGCGUGCCGCACACCACUUCCGGUAUACCUCCUGCAAUGGUUGUCGCCGCUAGGUUAACGUGCCAUCAGUGACCUGGAAAGUAAGAAGUGGAGCCCUGCCGUGCGGUGGACUUUAUUGGCUAUCUCACGCCCGCAGUCCAUCUGAGCACAAACCAAAAAAAUUGCCUGCAUCUUUGCAGCGUUGCGCUGAUGUUGAUUUUUUUUCUUCGUCAUCAUCAUCAUCAUCAAGUGUCGUCCUCUUAACCGAGGUUCGUUGCUUUCCACCGUUGACGAUCGUCAGCAUCGUCCCGUCCAGCUUGCUCACAUUUAGGUUCGUUGCUUUCCACCGUUGACGAUCGUCAGCAUCGUCCCGUCCAGCUUGCUCACAUUUCCCUUCUUCAUAUUUUUCACUUCGAUUUUUCUUCGCAGAAUCUAUUUCAUCAGUUGGUCCCACUGAACCUCCACUACCACUCCUCUGAUUAGAAUCCUAAGUUGUUCCAGCCUGUGUUCGUCCUGCCAGCUCACUCUGCCCGUUCUCCCAUAACACCACAUCUAAAGCUUUUCCUUGGGAAUUGUUUGAGUUUGAAGGGCAGAUCAACAAAGCAGGAUUUUUGUUUUCACAUUUCGAUUUUUGUGUGCCUGUUUGGCUGCCACAUGAUAGGUUUAUUUUUUUGGUUUCCUAAAUGAGCAUGUGCUUAGGAGGGAGAACCCAUGCGGCCAGGUAUGGUCUGGGCGACUUUGAGUGACCCAUGAGUAGUACAAAUAACGAUAAUGACGUGGAAUUUGCAACACGCACGGUUUUCGUUCUCUCUCGGAGUGAGAGAGAGAGAGAUUACGAUUCAGAGGGCGCGGGAAACCACAGAUGAGCGGGAAGGCAGCCAGAACCAUCGCCCAUGAUUUCCCAAGCUCCGCGGUUCUAUAUGUGGAUGUUUGGCCAACUCCAUUAAUGAGUGGUCAUUACAUGCGGGAGAAAACGGGUGUACCCGUAGACAACAAAACCCCAUGCAUGCGAGGGGAGGUGAUAAUCUCCUUACAGAUGGAUGUAUGUGGCAGUCGGAGCCGCCUUAAUGUGACAUCGCAUGUUUUUUAUUGGGCGGGGCUGACCUCACUGCUAGUGGUGCUACACCUUCAUAAUAUUAUAUAUAUAAAACGUUCUCACUGCGGUUGUGCUGCGUAGCUCUCCGAUGCAUUUCCGGUCUUGCGCCGCGUGCCUCUUGGCGCGAAGUCCGACGUUUCGCUGCGGCUGCUGGGAGCUUCGUCAGGAACUGAAGAAGUGCCCAGCGCGUGGAGCGAAACGUCGGACGUCGCGCCGGAUCGGCGCGCGGCAUGACAAGAAGGCGCAUCGCGCGUGUCGGAGCGUUUCCGCUUAAACAGUGUGCGACCAUCGUUUCUACAUUUGCAGAUUUCUAGCCGAUAGAAGUUAAGUGCAUGUUGAAAAGCAAAAGGUGUAUUUGAUAACAUUGCAUUCAAAUACGGUAUAACUCAUUGUUGACAUUCGGUGCUUUUUUUUAAAAAAUAUAUAUGCAUUGAUGGGAACCUGGCUCCUUUGAUUCUCGGCACAACUCUGUAAAGAGUUGCAGAUUGCCGGAGUUGUGUUUGUGCCUUCGGCUGAGCCACACGGGAAGCGCAGCUCGGUGAAAUUGCGCGUCGCCGGUGCGCCUGCCGCUGCCACCCCUCGUGUGCCCCCUUGUUAACGCUGCCGUCCUGCACGCACGAAGCUGUGAUUGCCAACGUUGCUCGCUACCUUUCUAGUGUAAAUAAACAUUGGAACGUGUUGACUUUGCCUCCACCGAUAGUUUUGACUGGAUGCUGUUUUGCCGCGUGGUUGCCAAGGCCUUUCCAAUUUCAGCGAUGGGCUGCCGAUUGUUUAAAAUAGAUUUUUUUACUGCGUACCGGUUUGCAGAAAUAUUUAACAAAAAAUAGGUGUUGGACUCCGCCAUCCGCCAUAGGGUGCGUCUUGUCUCCACUCCUGUUUGUGAUUUUCAUGGACAGGAUAUCAAGGCGCAGCCGAGGUAUGGAGAGUAUCCAGUACGGGGGCAUGGAGGUGGCAUCGCUACUUUUUGCAGAUGACAUUGUCCUCUUUGCCUCGUCAGUCUGUGAUCUCCAGCGUGCACUUGAACGGUUUGAUGCCGAGUGUGAAGCGCCUGGGAUGAGGAUCAGCACCUCCAAAUCUGAGGUCUUGGUUCACUCCCAGGAUACGGUGGAUUGUGCUCUCCAGGUGAGGGAUGAACAGCUGCCCUUCGUGGAGAAGUUUAAGUACCUUGGGGUCUCUUUCGCGAGUGAUGGUAAGUGGGAGCGGGAGAUCGACCAGCGGAUCGGCGCUGCGCCCACAGUGUUGCGGGCACUGUACCGUUCCGUGGUAGUGACGCGGGAGCCGAGUUCUCGGACAAAGCUCAUAGUUUACAGGUCGAUCGACGUUCCCACCCUCACCUACGGUCAUGAGCUUUGAGUAACGACUGACAGGAUGAGAUGGCGGUUUCUCCACAGGGUUGCUGGGCUCACUCUCCGUGAUCUAGUGAGGAGCUCUUUAAUUUGGGACAGCCUCCGAGUCGAGCCGCUGCUCCUCCCCAUCGAGAGGAGCCAGUUGAGGUGGUUUGGGCACCUGGUAAGGACACCCCCCCGGUAGACUCCCCCUGACACUCUACCAGGCAGCACGUCCCACUGGGCGAAGACCCCGAGGCCGGCCCAGGCCACGCUGGCGGGACUGUGUCGCUCGGCUGGCCUGGGAACGCCUGGGAAUUCUCCAGAAAGAGCUAGAGUCUGUCGCCAGGGACAGGGAAGUCUUGGACCGCCACUACUCAACACGCUGCCGCCGCGACCCAUAACAGGACAAGCGGAUUGAGAAACGAAUGAACGAACGAACGACAUCCGUAAGAACUUUAAUAUGGAACGAACGAUGAUAGAAUUGCAGAAUGCAGACUGCUAUGGUACGUACGUAUGUAUGUUGAACUUCUUUCGCACCAUACAUAGCCGACCGUGCUAAUCGGAGGUGUGGGGGGAAGGACAACGGUUAUGCCAGAAAAACGCCACCAAACAGGAAUCUGGAAAAAUCAUUGGCAAUGCUCGUGAAAGAAAAUAGGCAAGGAUGAACUAGAAAUAGAUGGAUUGACAAAGUGGAGGAGGAGGGAG